AUGAUUCCUCUGAAAGGAUAUGUCUCACUUGGCCUUGAAUUGAUGGUGGGAGAACCAGAUGGUAAUAGUUCAGUAGAUUUAUUCACCAUGAACAUAGCUGGAGCACUGAAUUCUUCAUAUCCAUUCCGUCUUGAAAGAGUUUCAUUGAGUAAUAAAACUGUGUAUAUAUACAAUGACACAGAAAUGGCGACGAUAUUCAGUGAUGACAAGUGUGUGUUGGAAAAGAAUACUGUGAAGAAUGAUGAUAUUGCUUUGUGGGAUGUCAUACGCACGAUCCUUAGUUUAAUAAAUAAGAAUAUUUCUGGGACCUCUAUGUAUUAUCGUGGUUUUGAAGGUGUCCUUAUAUCAGGGACACAAGUACAACUGACUAUUCCCAAGAAGUUCAAGGGAAAUGGUGAAUUACAGUUAUACAAUGCUUCUGUGUUUUUAGUGAAACCAUGGAAUGUUAAUUAUGCCUAUGUUCGGAAUUUACCAGUUAAAGUUGAUCUUGUUGAUGCUGAAAAUAACAAGUGGUCUUUUACAUUCUUUGAUUUUGCCGUAUCAACGGUAGAUACAAGAAUUCUUAUGUUUCCUUCUAAAUGUGUGGAGAGCAGCGUUUUUGCAAAAGAAGAAGAUGAAGUGAUGAAAGAAGCUACGAUGAAUAAGGAAAUGCCUGGAUUUCCUGAGGAGUUUAGUGCUGAAAUUCAAGUUGUUCUACCUUCGGAGAAGCUUACAUUUACAAUGCACGAACAGUUCAGCUCAUUAUUGCAUUUAUCUCAUUCAAGUGUUUAUGGUUCACUUCCUGAUGAAGUUGGCCGUGUUAACACAUAUGAUUGGUAUAUUGUUGGUUCCUACCGAAUGUCAUACUUCUACACAAAAUCAACUCUCCCUUUUGGGCAAGAUUCACCUGUUUCACGUAAUCUUAGAGAGUAUUUUUGGCCUAAUACUGAACGUUGUGUACGAACACUGAUCAACUAUGAUGCUAUUGCAGGAAGUGUAGGUGCUUUAAUGCUUUAUUCAUCAGAUGUACCUCCAGUUUAUAUUGGAUCUCAAAUUGUGCGUGGUAUACCAUGUAAUGUAUGGUCUGCCAGUUUAUCUGGUGUACGUGUUAAAUGGUUUUGGGCUGAUCGUGACAAAGUUAAUUUAAAUACUGAUAACAGUACUGAUGACAUGAGUGUAUUAAUGAGAAUAGUUGUAGAAGGAGUAGACGCUGCUCCAUUUUAUGUUCAUCACCCUUUUUUAGCCCAAGGGAAUGCAUUUCCUUCCAAGUACCGCACUAGGGCAUGUCGUUUACUAAAUCCAUGGGACCCUGCCUGUAGAAGUGGUAAUGGAUACACCAAGUAUAUUUACGAUAUUACUUCUUUUUCACGGUACAUUUCUGCGAAGGACUUUGUUUUACCAACAUCCUGCACAGUUGAGGAUGUACCUUCAACGGUAAUUCCAGACGUUAUGUGUAGUUCAGACGGUGGUAUUGGAAGAAUUUUUUUAACGUUGGCAUUAUUCGUUUUGGGUAUUCUUAUAGGAUGCUGUAUUGUUUGGUUUCGUUAUGGAGUAAUAGUACAUAAGUUAAGAGGGGAAUUACUGAUGCUGGCACUUGAGAAUGAAAAACAGCGAAGAUCUUUACAGCAACAGAUGACAUCAUAG